AUGUCCCAAGAGAAUACAAACAUGUCAGCUCCAUCGCGACUAGGCAACCGUUCGCCAGAAUCUGCAGGGUUGAUAGAGUGGUAUGAUUCUCCGAAGUUCUUAUUUUCGUCCCAAACUAAGAUAUCUCGUCGAAGUCUGCUACUGAUGAAAACAAGAAGUGCAGAAGAAUUCUCACCUUCGCGAUCUUCUGUAAACGGUACCCCCUCAACUUCUGAUUUCGACAGCCUCUGGUGUCCUGGCACUUCAAAUGAAAACACCGCACCGUUCGAAGGAGAUGAGGCAUCCUUCAGUCUUUUUGGGAACGAAGACGCACAGAGCAGUGGGAGUUUGACCACUCCCCACCGUAGUCAUAGACUGGAUAAAACGCACCUGAGAAGGAAACGUUUGCGAUCAGAUCAACAUGAGGUAACCGAGAAGAAAUCAACAGAUUCCCAAGGAAGUAUGUCAAUGGAGGAGGGACUUGCUCUUGGAAGAGCAUCACUUGUCAAAUUACGGCAGCGCCUUCGCAGUGAAGGAGAUGCAAAGAAUAAUGAGGAGGAAACGAAAAAAUUUAUUUGUUGUACGCCACAUGGGAAAGCAGCACAGCGUACGCCGAACUUGACACCGAUUCCUUGUGAGAGAAUGGCGCAAAAAACGUGCGACGUCGUUAUUACUCCUUCGUUGGUGCGGACUCAACAACCGUCUUCAUUUUCUACCAGUACUCCGAAAAGGCCAUAUGCUACUGCUAUAUCCGCAACACCACUGAAACGAUUUCGCACAAUGAAUGACAACGCAGAACGAACAGAAUGUUCGAGGAAAGAUAAAAUAGCACGCACUCAAAGCAUGAACGUCACAAACGACGGAAGUGACGAUGACUCUUUCUUAGACGACGUAUUUAUGCCGUUUACCGAUCCUGACCAGUUCACCCAAAUGUUGAAAAAGAAUAACCCUAAGAAAUGA